CGCCGGUGUGGGUGGGGCGGCGGAAGCGGAAGUUGGCGGGGACGCCAUGGCGGGAGGGAUGAAAGCGGUCCCGGGGCGGCGGCGGAUCCUGGGCGCGCUGCUGCUCCUCCUUCUGCCGCCUCCGCUGGGCGGUGCCGGCGUUGGGGAGGAGGUGAUCGUGCUGCAGGAGGGCUCUGAGUGCUGCCACAACACCUCGCGCCACUUCUGCUACACCAACGUGCGCAGCCCCUGCUGGCGAGACAUCUGGACCAGGAUGCAGAUCUGGGUGAACAGCAACCACGUGAUCCGUGUCACCCAGGUGGGCAGCGAGGAGGAGCUGAGGGAGUUGGAGGAGUCCAAGGUGUGGAAUUUCCUCUCCUCCCUGCUGAAGGAGAAACUGAACAGCACCAACAUCGACAUGGAUCUCUACAGCAACAAAACCUGCCUGAAGGUUGAGCUGUUGGAGGCUGGCACCAGAUACUGCAUUGUGCUGUCCCGCUGGUUUGACCCUAAACUGUUCCUGGUUUUCUUCCUGGGCCUGUUGUUGUUCUUCUGUGGGGACGUGCUGAGCAGGAGCCAGCUUUUCUUCUACUCAGCUGGGAUAAGCAUUGGCUUGCUGGCCUCGCUGCUCAUCCUCAUCUACGUGAUGUCCAAGGCCAUGCCCAAGAAAAGUCCUGUUUACUUCCUGCUGCUAGGAGGCUGGUCCUUUUCCCUGUACCUGCUUCAGCUGGUCUUCAAGAACCUGCGGGAGAUAUGCAAGUCCUACUGGCAGUACCUGCUGGGCUACCUGCUGCUCAUGGGCUUUGUGAGCUUUGGAGUGUGCUACAGGUACGGCCCGCUGGAGAAUGAGCGCAGCAUCAACCUGCUCUCCUGGGCCCUGCAGCUCCUGGGCCUGGCACUGAUGUAUUUGGGCAUCCAGAUCCGCCCCAUCGCCCUGGCCUUGGUGCUCAUCGCUGUCUGCACCAAGAACAUGGACUACCCCCUGCAGUGGAUCUAUGGUGUCUACAAGAGAGCACAGAGUGCCCGGCUGGGGCCGAGCCCCCCUCGCCUGCUGACCGAAGAGGAAUAUCGCAUUCAGGGUGAAGUGGAGACACGUAAAGCCCUCGAGGAGCUUCGAAACUACUGCAGAAGCCCAGAUUUCUCUGCCUGGACUGCAGUGUCCCGCAUCCAAUCUCCCAAAAGGUUUGCUGAGUUUGUGGGUGGUUCCUCCCACCUCACUGCCAGCGAGGUGUCCUUCCAUGAGCAGGAGUACGGCCUGGGCGGGGAGUUCCUCGAGGAGCAGCUUUUUGAGGAGGAUGAGGAGGAAGAUUUUCUCUAUGGAGAGACAGCACGAGCUGCUUGUGGUCCCACAACCCGCCUGACUGCUGAUUGAGGGUGUGGAUGGAGCAAAAGGUCCGUCUCGCGUGCGUGUCCCCACCGGGAUGACACGUUUAUAGGGGGAACUUUGGACCUCUCCUGACAGUACCUGCGUGCUCAGCACCUGCUUGCUGCCAGGCUGCUCCUCCUCGUGCUGCUGCUCACCAAAGCUGUGACUCUGUCUUGUUUUAAUACCAAAAACCCCGUGCUUCCUGGGCAGAGAUGCAGCUCCUCUGGCUCACUGCAGAGCUCAAGGAACACUUGUGAAGGUGUCUGUGAUACGGGUCCUGCUCCCAGCGGGUGGGAGCUGCUGCUGCUCUCUGCUUGCAGCCCUCUGGCCUCAGGGGCUGUUCCCACAAUGCAGGGUGGGAGCUCUGCUGCUGGCAGUCAGGACAGUACGAACUUUGACAAAGCGCAAGCAUAGAGGAAAUGCCCCAAUCUAUGCAACGUUUUAGCAAUAAACCUGCCUUCCUGUAAGCCUUACUGCCCUCCUGCUGCUGCCUAAACGCCUCUCGCUUGUGCUGCUGCCCCUGGCUUUGCUGUCCAUUUGUUUCUGGCCCAGGUUUUCUUCCCCUGCCCCCUGCUUUGGUGCAAGCAACCUCUAUAGAUGCUUCUCCCCCGUCCGUUUCGUGUGGCUAAUGCAGACUGACGAUUGUAUUUUUUAAUAAAGGUGUAUUUUCAUGAC